AUGAGAACAGUCCCUCAGGUGAUCUGGAGGCUCUCACACUUGAUUGAAGGAAUGAAGCCAGGGAAUAAGUUGAGGUAUGUUCCAAGUCUAGGGGCAACACAACCUGACAAAGAUACACAAGCGAAGGAUCUCCAGGAUAAGGACACUGCUUGUGCAAAACUGCAUUGGAGCAAGAUCUCUGGCAGCGCCAAUCUGACCAAAAUGUUUGCUCCCACUGGGAAAAGUCCAGAGCUGGGAAGACAAAUCACGACGGACCCCUUGGAGGACGGACUUCUCAACGAGGUCGUCCAAGGUCCCAUCACUUCGCUGCGAUGGCUCCCAGCCCCUCCCCUUCGUGAGACCGCGGAUUGUGAAGGGCACCGGGACUAUUUCUAUUUCGAGACUAUUUCCGUUGCUCGUUCCUCAACAUUAUUCACCGAUAUCCAGAAGCAUUCAACUAAGGGCAACAAAGAUAUCCUUUUUGGAAUAUUGAUAAGAAUUCAGCUGAAGAUGUCCUAA